CUGACCGAUUCAGUCGCGAUCGCCGAUCGAAAAAUCCGGUUGAAUUAAGCAUUGCCCAGGUCAGAUCGAUCCUGCGUCGAAACAGACCGAAAAUCGUGAAAAUCCGGAGUGGGAGAAAUAUUCUUUGAGAAAAUCGAGACGAAAAGAGCAGCGACUCGGUCCUAACUUUCGAUGAGAAAAACAAUCGGAUUUCAUAGGUCCCCGGAGCCGUGUACACGUGCCCACGUGCCUCUGAUGAAAUAAACGUUUGGUGCAGCGCCGAGUAAUUCAGAGAUCGGAAACAAAACGAUUGCUCCCGCCAAGACCACGCACAACGUACAGGGCCUUUCAGGGGCCACGGUUUAUCAAUAAACUUUCAAUCGACCACGCUCGACUGAUCGAUCGGCAGGGAAACUGCGAAUCGUUGCACGUGGAAUAUUUAUUUGACGUUUAAACGACUUCCGGGAUACUCGUUUCAAUGAUAAGAGAAGCGAACGAGUCUCCUUCAUUCUGAAAUGCCCCAUAAGCACGAUAUUCGUCACUUACCUCCAUCGAUUUGCAUAAACUUACGUAUAUCUAUAUAGGAAGACUCCGUACACAGUUGUAUUUACAUACGUAUAUAAAUAUCGUCACAUAUACGCUGAGCAGAGGCGCGGGUAUGUGUGAAUAUAUAAGUAGACAAAGCACAUAUAGCGUCAGACAAAUGACAAGAGAGUCAUCAAUAGUCUCGUUUUCAAAAGAAGAGACAUCGUAACAGCGUCUCUUAAUCCUCAGUUCUUUAAGCAAUUUCAACGUUACGAGGAAGUGAGGAUUCUUACGAAAAAAAUACACCCCACCACUGUCGAAUUCGAUGAGCGAUACACAAGAAAAUCGAGGAUCGUAAGACUCGUCGAAUCGAGGAGAAAUAAGUGUUUUGAAGGAACGAUUCGAACGCUCGAAAACGUGGAAAGCUCCUUCGACGGGAAAACAAUUGUCCGGCGUUUAUGACAGUUUUUAUUUAGUUCGUUCCGCGACGUUGCUCGGGAAAAGAUCGCGCGAUACGCAUCGAUCUUUGGCGGUGUUACAUUUUUCACAAUUCUCGUAUUUCUACGAGGAUCCUUGCCGAGGGGAUAUUCCAAGAAAUUUUGACGCGGUUCCCUGGUUUUCGUGCUCGAGAUUUUGUUCAGUGAAACAUGGAGCCGCGGGGCCUCGAGUGAGGGGAAAUUCGACGCGGUUCCAGAGUCUGCGACCGGGAAGUGAAUCUUGACUGCGGAAAACGAUGAGCGGUUGAUCAAAGGGGAAAGAACUUCGGUGCGAGUACAACGCGCCCAAAAACGGAUCGAACGACGAUUUUUCAAAAACCGGCGACACUAUGAACAGCGAAGUUACGAAAAGCGGCGGGGCCCAUGGCAAUUCAGGCUCACCGGAAAGCGGCGACGAUCAAAAGCUGCUGCCCCUGCGUGGCGCAACGCCCGUCGUCGUUGGACGAGCACCAAAAAGCCCCAAUUCGUCAAUGAGAAGCAGGAGCCGUUACAGGGCGGGCCCAGUGCGGAAGAUUCGUCGUCGCGCGGUCCUCAAGAACGGGGAGUGCAACGUCCUGCAAUCGAGGAUAUCGCGUCGUUCGCUGCGCUUCCUCCAAGACAUAUUCACAACGUUGGUCGACACCCAAUGGCGUUGGACGUUGUUGUGUUUCGCCCUGAGUUUUUUGCUCUCCUGGCUGGGAUUCGCGGUGAUAUGGUGGUUGAUAGCGUUCACGCACGGUGAUUUUGACGAGAAGCAUUUGCCGCCCGUGCAGAUAAAGAACGACUGGACGCCCUGCAUCUACAACAUAUUUUCUUUCACGAGUUGCUUCCUCUUCUCGAUCGAGACUCAGCACACGAUCGGUUACGGGAGCAGAUCGACGACGGAGGAAUGUCCGGAAGCUAUAUUCGUAAUGUGCAUUCAGAGCAUAGCAGGAGUAAUGAUUCAGGCGUUGAUGGUCGGCAUUGUGUUUGCGAAAAUGAGCCGACCGAAGCAGCGCACGCAGACGCUUCUGUUCUCCCGGAACGCUGUCAUAUGCCAACGCGACGGUGAGCUCUGUCUCAUGUUCCGAGUCGCUGACAUGAGGAAAUCGCACAUAAUCGGAGCGGCGAUAAGGGCCCAGGUCAUCAAGACGAGGAUGACCAAGGAGGGCGAAACUUUGGCCCAGCAUCAACACGAACUGGCGGUUGGUACCGACGGUGAAAACGGUAACCUUUUCUUCAUCUGGCCGACGACGAUUAUCCACAAAAUUAACCCCGAAUCGCCCUUCUAUAACAUGUCCGCCGAGGACAUGCUCACCGAGCGCUUCGAGGUCGUUGUCAUUCUCGAAGGCACCAUCGAAUCGACGGGACAAACCACCCAAGCCAGGUCCAGUUACCUUCCGCAGGAAAUCCUCUGGGGACACAGGUUCGAAACGAUGGUUUGCUACUCCAAAGAACGCCAGGGCUACGAGGUCGAUCACUCCUUGUUCAACAGCACCGUCCAGGUCGAUACGCCACUGUGCUCCGGACGCGAACUCGCCGAGUUCUACCGGGUACAGGACGAUCUUCGCCACGGUACCGGUUUCCUAGUCGACGAGGAUGGCUUGUUGUUGGAUCCGUACCACGAAGUUUCCCAUCAUCAUUAUCCCCAGGCUGGUCACCACCGGCCAGCGGCAGUUCCAGGGGCGAUUAAUCGAGCGGAGAGUACGAAGAGCGACAACAGUUUGGACGAGCACAUGCUCUCUAGGAGCGUUUACCGAGAGCCUCAGAGUGGCCUGUCGAAUCCGCAGAACCAGCGUGAAUUGGCUCAUUACAAAAUAGUCGAGGUGGAUCCGGACGCGAUUCAAGUGAUCGGGGACGCCGAGCUGCAGCACCUGCCCGAGGCCGUGAACCGGGAAAUUUUGAAGAACAGUCGCGAGAUCGUUUACGAGGAAGAUGAGCGAGGAGACCACGAGGGGGCGAGGGACGAUCAAUUCUCACCGGCACCUCGUACGACAACGUGCCCCAGAAGAAAUAACCUUCGACACCCUCUGCCGGACGAAGAAAAACGUUCGUUGAGCGGCUCCAGGCGCAAUCUCACUCGCGGCGUGGCCGCCGCCUCCGCGGAAGAGGAGAGAAGGCCGUUCAACGAUUCCAAAAGAAAUUUGAGCAACAGAAACUUGAUUCUGAUCGAGGACGACAAAGCAAACCCAGCGAACGACUCGAGGCGGAAUUUGAAUGGUUCCAAGAGGUAUUUGUUGGUAGCGCUUGACAGAACGGACGGAUGGAUCGGCAGCGCGAAGAACCUGCACGUUGGCAGCCGAGAAAACCUGUUCGGAGGCAGCAGAAGGCACACCGGAAGCAGGGAGCGCUUGAACCUCAUCAGACGUAAUUUGAGCACCUCCAAAGCGUCCAAGGACACCGGAGAGCUGCGUCCUCGCCGAAGACAUCGCGACACGAACCCAGAAAUUUUAAACACCACCCACGUCGAGAUCGAGAUGGAAAAGAAAUCCCGGAGGAUUUCAGACGUCGCUGAAUCCCUCGAGACCAACCUCGAGGACGAGCGUUUGAGAAAAGAAUCCACCAUUUCCAGCACCUCCAGAGCCGCCACUUCCUCGCCCAGCGAUUUCGCAACCAGGUCGACCAACAACGAGACCGUAACGACCCCGGAAUCCGGCUUCGCCGAAAUAAGCAGCAACCAAUCGAGCUCGAGCCCUGAAAUCGUCAGGAAGGAACCAACCCUACCAAUCAAUUCCAACGUGACGCGAAACCGACGAAGUUACGAGCACGCCCAACUGCAAGACGUCAACGAGGCGCUGACCACGAGCUCCGACAGCGACGGAGAUUCCUCCGACAGCGAGUCUGCCGCGGGAAAAGAAAGCAGAACGAAAAUGAGCCCUUUGCAGAAAAUUGGCGACGCGAAUAGUCACCCGAAGAACACCGUCUCCUACACGAGUGUUUGACAAUCCUAUUUUCACUCGUAUUCGCUUGAAAAAUAUCACGAAACGGAGCGAAACGUUAAUGUUCGACGAACAGCCGAGAGCCGCGCACAGGAAACUAGCCCUCGAAACACUCUCCGGACAUUUUCCAUCUGCAACAUCGAAGCGAUGCUUCGUCGCGCAGUGAAAUUGUGCCUCGACACUAAACCGGUGAUUCCUUCCCGCGAAUAAUCAACUUUGCAAUAAAAUUAUUCGCUUUGCAAUGCCACGCGGGUGCAAACCGCAGAAAAAUAUAAAAUAAACGACGAAAAAAGUACGACCGAUCUGCCAAUGCGCGAAGAUCCACGCCGAUGUUUACGGUAGUCUGCAGUUUUAAUGUAAUCGAUGUAACGUUGAUAUAGUAAAUAUACUCGACUGCUGGCCAGUCAUCGUAAGAUAUGUCUCGUAGACGAAAACAUUUUUCGGAAGAAAAAUAACGCGAUGGUAGAUGAGAGAGCAUUUCAAUAAAGGCCUCGAUCUCGGUCACAUCGACUCGACGGUCAAUUUUAUUUUCCGCGUGCCUCGCACGUUUUUCCUAUUCAUUUUUGAUUAACGGAGAGAUUCGAAUUUUUAGAGGGAAAGAUUCAUUCGAUAGCCCAACUACGUGCUUUUCGACUGAGAACAAAAUACUGUCAAAAAGCUCCACUGACGAAAAUCGUAGUUCGUUGCAGUGAUUUAAUUCGUUAAUGGUUAUACUGCUAUCGAUUAGAUUUAAGCAGCGCACAGCAUUGCGGCAUUGAUUAAUUGUAAAAUCGUCGAAAAUCAAUGAGCUUUUAAAACGUUCGACGAUACGAUGGAAAAUGAUUAAGUAUCGGGAAAAAACGAGGGAUUGUUGUGAACCUUGAUAACCGGCGUAAUCAAUCGUUGAGUGUCACACUUUGGCCACGCAACUGUUUAAUCUGCAAAACUUUUAUGUAUAUAAACCACAUUGUGAUUUUCUUUAGGACGUUAUUUAUGAGAAAUGUUAUUUUUAAUAAAUAUAUACAAAUGUACGAA